AUGGGCACUUGCUACCUGUACCGGUCGAUACCGGAGUGGGAUGAGCGCAAGAACGAGCGAGUUAGGAAGUUUUUCUACCACCUAGCAGUGCACAACAAGGAGAUCGGCCUCGGCAGCGAGACCAACUUCGACUUUAAGUAUGUGCCGCAGCUGGGCCGGACCACAGAGUUGGGCCACCCCGAAGGCUCCAGGCUGCGGAUCGGUGCCCCUGAGCGCCAGGGCUUGACGAGCCUGAUGUUGGCAGCCGCGCUGGUCGCGGCCGUGGCUUGGUCUGGGUUCAGGGCCGCCUCCGGCCUCAUGGCCGCUGUCCAUGUGGUUUCGUGA